GUGGAACCUUCCAGCCCAAACUCCACGACGCCUCAACCGCGGGGCCCUUUUUUUGCCUGCACUUCUGAGAUCUACCUUGACCUCCUGCCUCACCGAAUCAUACCCUCUUCUUGUUUCAAUUAGAUCUUUUCUGUUAGAUUUGUAUCUUCUGCUCUUCUUCUAUUUAUCCCCCCCUCCCUCCAAAACCUGUCCUUCAGGUUCUCUCUAUUCGCCAUGGCGUCUACUCACAACUCCAAGCAGCGCCUUGCGCUCGCUAUCUGCGAUUUCCUCUCCGCUUCGACAAAUGACGGCACUCUCACCGCUGACGACAAGGAUUCCAUCGAUGUGGCUAUCAACUGCAUCGCCGAGUCCUUCAAGGUCGACCCCUCCGAUACCUCCGCUGUCCAAGCCGCCAUCGGAUCCCAGAACCUCCUCCAGAUCUACUCUGUCUUCGAGAAGGCCCGCGCCGACAAGCCCGCCGCCGCUGCUCCUGCCCCCGCACCCGUCGAGCUCACCGAGGAGCAAAAGAAGGAGGCCGAGGCCCUAAAGUCAAAGGGAAAUGCUGCCAUGGCCCAGAAGGACUACCGUGCUGCCAUCGACUUCUACACCCAGGCUCUGGCUAUCAACGCCAACAACGCUGUCUACCUCUCCAACCGUGCCGCUGCCCACUCGGCCAACAAGGACCAUGCUUCCGCCCGCGCUGACGCCGAGGCUGCCGUAGCCAUCGACCCCGCUUAUACUAAGGCCUGGUCCCGACUUGGUCUUGCUCGCUUCGCCCUAGGCGAUGCUCGUGGUGCUAUGGAGGCCUACGACCGCGGUAUCCAGCAUGAGGGCAACGGUGGCUCUGAUGCCAUGAAGAAGGGCUAUGAGACGGCCAAGCGCCGUGUUCAGGAGAUGGAGGCUGAGGAGGACUCUCUUCCCCGUGCUUCUCCCAGUGCCGGCGGUGAUCUCGGUGCUGGUGGCAUGCCUGACCUUGGUAAUCUUGCCAGCAUGUUCGGCGGUGGUGGUGCUGGCGGCCAGGGCGGUGGUAUGCCCGAUCUCAGUAGCAUCAUGAGCAACCCAAUGUUCGCAAACAUGGCCCAGAAGCUCAUGAGCAACCCUGACCUUAUGAACAACCUCAUGAGCAACCCCCGUCUACGCGAUAUGGCCGAUCGUUACUCUACUGGUGGUGGUAUGCCUGAUCUGAACAGCCUCAUGUCCGAUCCUCAGAUUGGAGAGAUGGCCCGAAACAUGAUGGGCGGUGGUGCCAACCCCUUCGGAGGUGCUGGUGGCCCUGGUGCUGGUGCCGGUGCCGGUGGUGCUAACGGACAAGGUGGUUCGCAACAGUAGAGAUGGAAUUGUGCAAAUAGGGCAUCUUUUUUAUAUACCAUGGUUGCUAGGUGAUACCUAAGGGUGACGAUUCAUUGAAGAACACGAAAACGAAGUCGUGUGCAUGCUCUUCUUUUUGUAUUAGCUUCUACAAUAGAAACAGUAGCUAUUAUGUGUUCCAUUUCGGCAAUGAUAUCGAUUUGUGACA